UAAAGAUCCAACACCCUAAUCUGUGGUCAUACGCUCACGUUCCGUUUAUCUGUAGUAAUCUGAACAAUCUUUUGUUUGGUAACAAAAUGCUAAAUUUAGAAAAGUCUGAAUAAAGGUUAGUGUAAUGGUCAAAUAUUCAACAGUUAAAUUCACAAUCAUCUCUUUCGUGCAACAAACAAACCAAAGCUAAGGUAGAAUUGUCUUAUCAUAUUUCUAACUUUAGUGCCUACGAUUAUAACACAAUUCCGUUUAGAGGUUAUGAAAUGUUAAGAAUAAUAAACACUGCACCGGGAGCGGUCAAUCAAAUGUUAACGAUAACCAAAUAACUACACGCGUCAAAACUAAGGUCUACGCAGUCAUAAUUAAUGUAAUAUUUGCUAAAAUGACUUCAUUACAAGAAUACAUAAAAAUCGUCAUGGCUGAUGUUAACUCGGUGUUAAAAUUGACCGACUUCAGUUACAAACAGAAGGAAUUCAAAAAUAUCGGUCAAAAUUACUUCGGUAUAGUCGUGCCGGUGGUUGUAAGUGGCGAAGACAAGGGAAACAAAGUUACUCUCUCUUUAGUGUUGAAAUUGGCACCGACUGAUGAGAGAUACAGAGCGAGCGGAGCAGUAACCCGAAUGUUUGCCAGAGAAAUGUACGUCUAUUCCACUUUACUAACGAAUUAUCGCAAGUUCUUAUUGGACUAUCCAUCAGAUUUACAAUACGCUUCGCCGAAAUGCUAUUACAUCUGUGAGGAUUUUUGCAAAGAGGUUAUAGUAAUGCAAAACAUGUGUGCUGAAGGUUAUAAGACUUACGUAGAUAAAGUUUUCCUUGAUCACGACCACAUGAUCGAGUCUUUAAAAGCCUUGGCGAUUUUUCACUCCCUCUCUUUUGUUUUAAACGAAAGAGAUCCAAGCCAUUAUGAUGAAGCAGCAAAAAUGUUUCCUCCUCUGAUGGAAAAAUAUAACAAGAGGUUUGUGGAAGUGAUUCUAGAUAGACUGGAGAAAGUCAUUGAACUGUUUGAAAAUACAGAAUACUUGACACUGUUAACGGAACUCAAGACAAAUUUGGUUAAGUAUUUAGAAGCCGCUACGUUAUCAACGUGGAAGCUGUGCAUUUGUCAUGGUGAUGUUUGGAAGGAAAAUAUUCUGUAUAAAUAUGAGAAUCACAAACCCGUAUCUGCUUGUCUGAUAGAUUAUCAAACAACUCGAAUAUGCAGUGCCGCAUUCGACACAUUAUACUUGAUUACAAUAAGCUCGGAUACAAAUUUGAGAAGAGCGCAUUACAAAAACUUUUUGGACAUUUACUACGAACAGUUAGCGAAAGCUUUACGCAGCGCAGGGAUUGAUCCAGAUCUGACUUAUUCUAGAAGUAUGUUUGAUGACGAUUUAAAUACUGUAGCGCCAGCUUGUUUUAUCGUUGCAAACACUGCUCUGUGGCUCAGUAAUGGAUUGCAAGAAGAGGGCCAUGUAAGGAGUAAACAAGUAUUUAAAACACAGGAAGAGAAAACAAAAGCUGUGGUAAAUUUCAAAACCGUUGUUCGAAAUAUUAUUGACGAUUACAAAAGUUACGGUUAUUUUGCGAAUAAGUAAAAUAAUCUGUCUUUUUCAAUCUAUUACAUUGUAAGUCUAAUUUAAUAAAGGGAAUGUUUUAAUAAG